GACUCACAUUCUGAAUAACUGUAAAUAAAAUUCACAGUACAGAAAAACAAAAAAGGUAUUUGUAUUUAAGCAAAACAUAAUCAAGACAAGCCGGUACCGGUAUGAAAUUUGUAUACCGGUGGCCGGUACCGGUAUCGCAAUUUUGAUACCGGUUACACCCCUGCUUCAGGUCCAGGUGGCUCCUGCGAUUUUGUAUGCAAAAGCUUUAAUUCUGUCAGAUGUUUUUAACAGCAAUUACAAUUUAAUUAUAUCGAGUGAUUUUGCUUUUAGAGGUGUUCUGGACCACAACGACGAUCAUUCAACACAGCUUCAGUUUGUGCACAACAACGUGAAAAGCUUUUAGAUGUACAUCGAAAAGGAAUGAGACAUCUUUAUAGUUCACUAAUGACUUUGAAUCGUUCAAUUUCGAUUAGUGGUUAUUGGAUAAUGCAAUAACAAAUAGUGCAAGUGUGUCGUCCGGAACUAUGGGUUUCAUCACCAUAAUUUUAUUAUUUCAUGUUCUGAUAAUGAACACGAACUGUUUAGUUGGAGUCAACAGAUUCUGAACACAAAUCAUAGCCUGGAACGGAUAAUUCCGAAUUCAGAAACAGAUUUUGAUAGUCUAUUAUCAUUUCCAAAUUUAUUUAAUAUAACAUAUGUUGAUGUUAAAAAAACUGUACCAUGUCAAAAAUCCAAUUCAAUUGCUUGUCAUAAACGAAUGGUUCAAAAUGGUAAGAGUCAGUGUUCAUUUAAUCUUUGUCAUACAACAAAUUCAACACGGAUGAUUGAAGUAAUAUUUAAAUAUGAAGAAACAAACAAUCUCGUGACAAUGUUAGUGAUGUGUCAUCUACUCACAACUGACGAGAAAAAACGAUAUCAAACUGACGGUGUUGCAGAAGAGGAAAUCUGCCAUUUUGUUACACCACAAACGAGCUAUUUUAUAUGUAUUAAGAAUUGA